UGUCUAUCAUUAUUUUCAUAUAGUAAGAAUGAUGUCAGAGGAAGGUCAAUGUUGUUCCGCCCCUCCAUUCAAUACAACACUAAGAGAGAAGAUCCCCCUGGCAGGAUUGGUAAAACCAAAAGAGAUUCUUAUUCUGGUUGUUAUGUUCAGUUUAUUCACACUCUCAUUUUACAGAUUUUUUAAACACUGGAAGAAGAAUUAUUAUGAUAAUGCAAACCAUCUACCGACUUAUUACAAGGAAGAUUCCCUUGCUGCCACCCCUGUCAGGGACUUUCAUUGCCAUCCUGGUUCAAUAUCCGGUUCUGAUAGGAAUCCACUGAGCAGGAGAAGCACUCUACGCAGUCCUAAUGAUACAAGUCCAUACAGACUCAGUUCAUCGCGAGAGGGGACCCCCCGAUACUCGAGAAGAGCAAGAAUUCUGAGAACUCAAUCAGUGUGCGGAACCAUUCCAAAGAGGCCCCCACCUUUAUCCAGGAACCCCAAUAACAAGAUGAGAAGACAAUAUUCAGACAGGCCUGUACGAAAGCAUAGAUACUUUCUAAGUGAGGAUUAUGAGCCUGCAUCUAUUUCUAUUGAAAUCGAUUCCUUUGAUUCUCCGACAAUGUGUGGAUCAAGAAAAUCCUCUGUCUACCAGCUCCUCUCGGAGAAAAUAGAGGAGGAACCUGAAGAUAAAGAUAUGGAAGGGAAAAUGAGAAAUGGUAAAGAAGGAGAGUCUGAAAUGCUAGCAAACGGGAUUGUCCAAGUUCAUAAUUUUGAAACUUCCACUUGUCUUGGGGUUACAGAGGACACCAGUCCCACGCGCCGACUAGAUAUACUCAGAAACCGGUUACGGCUAAACGUGCAAGAAACUGUACUCUCAAGUCGGUGUGGGUCCAGUGAGCCGUUGAAUCAGUUGUUAGAUGGACCUAGCUCUCUAGAUAGCACGGGGGGCUGGAAUAUAUUCCAAACACAAGCUACUGUGGAACCUGUUCGUUCAAGUUUGGAUAGAACAGACAGCCUUGUAGUAAUGGUUAACUAUCCGAGUGAAAAGAUGUGUGCUUCAAGAAGAACAAGUUUAUAAAAAAGUGAUAAUCAUCCUGAGGGCAAAACUUUUGAUUUGUAUAUCACUCUGGUUCAGCGACUGAACUUAAUAUCUAUAAUAGACAAACUUUAAAGCUGAUAAAAUUAACCUCUACAAUUGCCAUUAAACCUUUUCUGGAACAUUCAUGCCUACAUGAGAGACAGAAAAUUUGGCAAAUUAUAACAUCCAAUCAUCACUGAGAGCUUGGAACAGCUGAGAUUUGACAAUAAGCUUUUAAUUAUCAAAGCUCUUUCUUGUUGAAUCUGGAACAACAUUCUGCGGCUACGGUUUUGCUGCUAACAGAAAUUUAGAUGGCUGAGACAAUAAAUGUUUGCCCUCAGCUCUGAUGGGCAAGAAGAAGCUACUUUAAAUUCACAGCACCCUCCUACUGGCACCAAAAGCUUAGAUGAGGUUGAUAGAGGUGAUAGAAUCAAAAAAAUGGGUGCCUAAUCUAUUCGCGUAGAGUUUACAUUCAGCAGUUUGAUUGAUCUUUUGUAACGAAUACUUGAAGGGAUUGUUAAUAUAUUUCUUUUACAUUUAA